AUGGAUAAGCCGCUUCCUCAGACAUUGUCGGCUGGGUCCACAUCUGACAAGCGUGUUACAUUAGAAAGAUUGCAUGUAGACAUCCGCAAAGUUCAAAGCAUCAUACUGGCUUCCACGUCUAAUGACAUACAGAAGCAGUAUGAUAGGUUAGAUCAUGUCGCCUCAAUUUUGCAACGUAUGAAAGAGGUUUAUGCAUUUCCAAAUGGGUAUACUAGGUAUGUGGACACUAAAGAAUUCUUCAGGAAUAUGAUGGCUGAAGGGUCCUUUGUGCAAGAGCAUGGGGUGAAGAUGCUAUCCCUAGCGAGGAAGCUCGAGAACCUAAAAGUUGGGCUUAAUAAUAACACGUACAUUGACAUGAUCCUUCAGUUACUUCCUCCAUUCUUCGAAUCAUUUAUUAUCAACUCCAAUAUGAAUGGUCUUGAGAAAACCAUCAAUGAGUUGAUAAAUAUGUUGGUACAAUACGAGGCAACGACUAAAAAGUUUGCACUGUCGGUAUUGGUGGAGAGGCUUCGACUUCUAAGGAGAAAGGCAAGAGGGCCGGACAUUUGA